AGCUUAGUGGUGCCUCAGUCAGCCGGUCGGAGAAGGGACGUUUCGUGGCAAAGAGCCCUCGAGGCCCAACAGAGGCACACGUCAACGUCUUCGCUCCUCUUGCCGCCUUUACAGAUAUUUCAAAGGCUUGAGGAUAGAUGCAAUGAUGUGCCAGGCUCGGAAAGCAACGGGUGCAGUCGUGUCAGGGUUAAUAUGGAUGCUGCUUCAUUCAGCUGUGGCUGCGGAAGAGACGCUGACAAGCCACUGGAGUGCAGACUGGGGUCCUCCACCAGCAAAUCCUGCAGACUUUACAAAUUUUCUAUGGUAUGGCUUCUCGGCCAACAAAGUCAACUUCACGCAGGAUGACUUGAAGAGGUUAUUGGAAUGCACCACAGGGAAGGUGGUGUGUCCGCCCCUCAGCCAGGAACCACCAGUAUCCGUACUCUCCAAUUGCGAGAUAAACAAAGCCUUAUCUCCAGCGCAAUGUGGUGCUUUGAAAGAAUGCUCAACCAGUUUAAGCCAAGAGGAGGAUAGCAAUAUAGACGUAGAUGAGUUACGUGCCUUGCUGCCAGAGGUGCUGUACUUGUCGCAACACAAAGACGACUGUGAGGGAGGAAAUUCAAAGCCUGUCAAGACGAAGCCAAAGCCAGCAGAAGUUUGGGGCUAUGGUCUGCUCUUUGUCACACUGAUCUCUGGUUGCUCGCUGGUGGGGGUGUCGGUGUUGCCUCUGAUGGCUCACACCUUCUACCAGCAGCUCCUGACGCUCUUGGUGGGUCUGGCGGUGGGUUCCUUGGCAGCUUCCUCCCUCUUCCACCUCAUUCCACAGGCCUUCGAGAUAAAUGCCAGAGAUGAUGGACACCACAGCUACCUCUUCAUAUCACUCUUUGUCUUGUUAGGCAUCUGGGGAUUUUUCAUGGUCGAACGUAUCAUUAAGAUAACAGUCACGCACCAAGCUUUAAAGGAGGAACAAAACAAGUUUCCAAUCUCAGCAUCAGAUCAAGUCAUCCUGUGUGAAAAUGGAGGAUGUGAACUUCAGAGUAACAACGUGAAGAACGGAGACUUGAAGAACCACAAGCCCACUGGACCAGUGAAAUCUGAGAGCUUUGAGAGCGCAGAUGCUGUAACUGCAUCAAACGUUUGUAGUUCAAGAGAUGUUGAGCUCAUUUAUGCGUCUCAGGAGCAGGCUAUAAAGGCUUCCUUUGGUCAUAAAGAGCGUCCCAACACACAAGGCCACAAUCACAAUCUAGAGUUCCGACAAGGGAAGGACUCGGUUAUUAAGACUGUGGCUUGGAUGAUCAUAUUUGGGGAUGGGUUCCAUAACUUUAUUGAUGGAGUGUCCAUUGGAGCUGCAUUCUCAGAGUCCAUAUUGACUGGCAUAUCAAUAAGCUUAGCUGUGAUGUGCGAAGAAUUGCCACAUGAACUAGGUGACUUUGCAGUCCUCCUGAAUGCGGGUAUGACCAUGAGGCAAGCAGUAGCAUAUAACUUCCUUUCAGCAACGACCUGUUAUUUGGGUCUCAUUCUGGGAAUAGUCCUAGGGGAAUUUACCCAGAAUUCAACGGCUAUAUUUGCCUUAGCUGCUGGCAUGUUUUUGUACAUUGCCCUUGUAGAUAUGGUGCCUGAGAUGAAUGAAGUUGCAGGGAAGGCAGCCGAGGGUAGCUGGAAGUCUGCAGUGUGCAUCCUCUUCCUCCAGAAUGUGGGAAUCUUCCUUGGCAUUGCAUCACUCUUCCUACUGGCAUAUUUCCAGGACUCUUUGAUAAUAACAUAAGGAAAGCCCUUUGGUUGAAAGUUGGUGCAUUUCAGAUUGAUUUUUUUUGUCGAUAUGAAAAUGAUAUGCGUUUGAUAAGCUUGAACAAAUGUGUGAUUGUGCCAGGAAGUGUAGAGUACAAGAUGUUUGUGUAAAUUUUUAAUAUUAUGUCUGAUUGGGGGGAGGGGGGAGACAUUGGUAUUUUGCAAAAUUUGUAAUAGAUGUAAAUGUAUUUAUUUAUUAAGCAAUGAUGCAAAGAUGCUUUUUAUCAACAGUUGAUGAUAUAUUAAAUGAGAGUACAGUGAUAUAUGUUAGGCCUUAUUCACUGUUUCAUAUCGUCAUUUUAUGUAUAUAUGGAUAUAAAUAAUUGUUUAAGUAAUAGUGUAGAUUUUAUUGCAAUACUAUAUUGGUAUGUAACAUGUACAUUGCAAUUCUCCAUGUAGAAAAAAUGUUGAUCUACAAGCUCUUUCACCAUUACAGGUAGUUUAGGUUUUGUAGGUAAACUUGUUAUAUACGUUUUUAUGUUUGAAUAUGCUUGAAGGAAAUUUUGAAAUGUUAUAAUCGCGUUUCAUAUUUAUUUUAAGAUAUACAGUGUCUGAACUAUGGUGUGAUCUCUCAAAGAAAUGUAUCACUAUUUUACAAUAUGUAGGUGUAAGAAAGGUGUGCAAUACUUUUUGAUUCAUAUAAUUUUCAUAUGAUUAUGUACAACACUGCUAGUCACAUCCAGUAGUCUCGUAACUUCAGCAAUAUUCUCAUUGAUUUAGGGACAUGAAUAGGAGAGAUCUGAGUUUUGGAUCUUGCUACAUUUGCUAGUAAGUUCAGCUGUCAAUAUUUUCUGCAGUAACAGAGGUUCUUAUUAUAAAGUUGAAAAAGUUCAGAUAUGUUGUAAGCUGGUUAAAUACUUCUUUUGUAAAGUAGUUGUGGUAAAACUUGGUUUUGACUUGUCAUGUGGGGGUGGAGAUCAGCAAGAGAAAUAUAUUCUGAAAGAAGUACAAAUGAGUAUUUUAAAAUUUAUGCUUAAAGUUGAAUUCAGUAAGGUGUGUUUGAGCCAUCGUGAAUCUGUAGAUUUGUCCAAACUCUUGACAUUUUAUCAGAAUUUACCAAGAGGGGUAAUUAGGUCAAAUAUAUAUAGCGAAAGUAAAAAUUAGAGUACUUUUACAGGAAAAGUGUUGCUUGGUAUCAAUUUCUGAUGUUCAGUUUUACUGAAUUAGUGAUUAUUUCAUCACUGACUGGUGGCAGACAUGUAAGUACAUAGCCACAAAGUUUUGAAAGAAUUCAGACUAAAGGAACUUUCAAUGAGAAGCUUCAAGGAAAAAAUCAGUAUCAAGGAAUAUAGACAGCUGUUUUGAAGGAUCAUGUGAAUGAAAUAAUUUGUAUUUAGAGAUACUCAGAAUUCAUUUCUAAACACAAAAACUUUUAUACAUACAUGUAAUACAUGAUUUGAAAAAUGCAUUUUUUCAUAUUUAAA